AUGCCUUACCUCUACCGGGCCCCCGGGCCCCAGGGGCACCCAGCUCCCAGGGACGCCCGCAGCACCCACUCCUCGGGCCAGAGCUUCGAGCAGCUGAGGCAGGAGUGCCUGCGCAAGGGCGUCCUCUUUGAGGAUGCUGACUUCCCUGCCAACAGCUCCUCUCUCUUCUACAGCGAGAGGCCCCAGAUCCCCUUCGUGUGGAAGCGGCCGGGGGAAAUAGUGAAAAAUCCGGAAUUCAUUCUUGGAGGGGCCACCAGGACCGACAUCUGCCAGGGGGAGCUCGGCGACUGCUGGCUGUUGGCUGCCAUCGCCUCCCUCACGCUUAACGAAAAAGCGCUGGCGAGAGUUGUGCCCCUGGACCAGAGCUUCGGCCCCGGCUACGCUGGGAUAUUCCACUUCCAGUUCUGGCAGCACAGUGAGUGGCUGGACGUGGUGGUCGAUGACCGGCUGCCCACCUUCAGGGACCGCUUGAUCUUCCUCCACUCGGCCGACCACAACGAGUUCUGGAGCGCCUUGCUGGAAAAAGCCUACGCGAAGCUGAACGGGAGCUACGAGGCUCUGAAGGGGGGCAGCGUCAUCGAGGCCAUGGAAGACUUCACCGGGGGCGUGGCAGAGACCUUCGCGACUAAAGAGGCUCCAGAGAACUUCUAUGAGAUCCUGGAGAAGGCCUUGAAGAGGGGCUCCCUGGUGGGCUGCUCCAUUGACAUCAGAAAUUCUGCAGAAUCAGAAGCCCGGACACCAUUUGGUCUUAUUAAGGGUCAUGCCUACACUGUGACAGGAAUUGACCGGUUAAACUUCCGAGGCCAGAAAACCAAGCUCAUCAGAGUGCGGAACCCGUGGGGCCAGGUCGAAUGGAACGGGCCCUGGAGUGACAGUUCCGCCGAGUGGCGAGCCGUCAGCCCAGCCGAGCAGCAGCGCCUGCGCCACACCGCUCUCGACGACGGAGAGUUCUGGAUGGCAUUUAGCGACUUUAAGGCCCAUUUUGACAAAGUAGAGGUCUGCAACCUCACGCCCGAUGCCCUGGAGGAGGACGCUCUGCACAAAUGGGAGGUGACGGUCCACCAAGGAAGCUGGGUGCGGGGCUCCACGGCCGGGGGCUGCCGCAACUUCCUGGACACCUUUUGGACCAACCCACAAAUAAAGCUGUCCCUGACUGAGAAAGACGACGGGCAGGAUGGGUGCACGUUGCUCGUGGCUCUGAUGCAGAAGGACCGGCGGAAACUCAAGAGGUUUGGCGCCAACGUGCUGACCAUCGGCUAUGCCAUUUACCAGUGCCCGGGCAAAGAGGAGCACCUGAACAAGGACUUCUUCCGGUACCACGCUUCCCAGGCCAGGAGCAAAACCUUCGUCAACCUCAGAGAAGUCUCCGACAGGUUCAAGCUGCCCCCCGGGCAAUACAUCCUGAUUCCCAGCACCUUUGAGCCCCAUCAAGAAGCCGAUUUCUGUGUGAGGAUCUUUUCCGAGAAGAAAGCCAUCACCCAGGACCUGGACGGAGACGUAAACGUCGAGCUUCCUGAGCCUCCAAGGCCGACGCCACGGAGCCAGGAGACGGAGGAGCAUCAGCAGUUCAGGGCCCUGUUCGAACGCGUCGCCGGGGAGGACAUGGAGGUGACUGCAGAGGAACUCAGACAUGUUUUAAACGCUGAGCUGCGAAAGAAAAAGGGCAUCAGAUUCAAGCAGCUCAGCCUGGUUUCCUGUAAAAAUAUCAUUUCGCUAAUGGAUACCAGCGGCAACGGGAAGCUGGAGUUCGAUGAAUUCAAGGUGUUCUGGGACAAGCUGAAGGCGUGGACAGACCUGUUCCUUCAGUUCGACGCCGACAGGUCCGGCACCAUGUCCUCCUACGAGCUGCGGACCGCCCUGAAAGCCGCAGGCUUUCAGCUGAGCCGUCCCCUCCUGCAGCUGAUCGUUCUCAGGUACGCGGACGAGGACCUCCAACUGGGCUUCGACGAAUUCCUCAUCUGCCUGGUCCGGCUGGAGAACGCCAGCCGGGUGUUCCAGGCCCUCAGCGCGAAGAACAAGGACUUCAUUCGUCUCAACAUAAACGAGUUCAUCACCCUGACGAUGAACAUCUGA